AUGCCAGGCUCAUAUGUUUUGAUUGAAUGGGCUAAUGAGUUGGCGGAAAUUAGCAUCUUCCAAAUAAAGGAUUUUGAUCCAAAUUGGAUGAACGAUAAUUACCCCACUCAUCCAAUCAUCUAUACGAGAAGCGAUUUUAUCCAAUCCCAAGGAUAUAUCAAAUUCAUAGGGACUUCUGAUGAAGUGAAAGCAAAGAAAGAAGAAAUUGCUACAGCAAGAAUCGUUUCUAUGGAAAACAAUGAAAUUAAAGAAUUGAAAUUGAUGAUGUUGGCAAUGGAAAAGAAACUGGACGAACAAUCCAAAAAAAUUAACCAGUUGGAGCAGAAAUUGGAUUAUCUCACACAAGGAUCAUCUACCGACAACAAUAUUAUUACUACCGGUAAAAAUCGGAUAAAAGUUUUUGUCAAUGAUUUGUCGGCUGCUCUCAUACCUAACGAUGAGAUCAAAGGACUAUAUGUCCUUUGCCAAACCGUUUUCGGUGAAGAGAUAAAACCCGAAAUGACCUGGAGGGAGCAUUCCCAAGAGAUUAGACAAAAUAUUACAGAUCUCAUCUAUCUAUUUGUUGACCAUAAACAUAGCGAAAGUGAAGAUAAAAAGAAGAUGGUGAUACGGCUUAAACAAAAAUUUAUCAAAAAAUUGAAUAACCAGAAAAAGAAGAAUAAAAUAAAUCAAAUCAAGGAAUAAUCAUUUAUUCAUCAUACAUAAAAGAUUUUGGUGAUAUCCGGUUGACGAGGCUCCAAAUAAAAAUAAUUUUUUGAUACUUUAUAUGAUUUAUUAUCAGUAACGA